GAGACAGGGUUGUUGCAAGGCUUCUGUGAAGUCGUAUCUGUCAAGUGCUGGCGCGUGGUGAGCCCGGGGUAUGCGGUUACCUUAGUUCUUGAUAGGUCAGUGACAAUGCACACGGCAGAGUAAUCACGAUGCAACCACCGCUUUCCUUCUGUAAACUGUGACCCUGGUCUUCCUGUCAUUUAACACGCUUAACACUUUACAGGCGUGGGGAUGGCCCUGCGGAAGAUGGGUGCCAUAGCCAAACCCGAUUGUAUCAUCACUUCUGACGGCCAGAACCUCACCAUAAAAUCCGAGAGCACGUUGAAAACAACACAGUUCUCAUGUAAGCUGGGAGAGAAGUUCGAGGAAACUACAGCGGACGGCAGGAAAACUCAGACUGUCUGCAGCUUCGUCGACGGUGCGUUGGUCCAGCGUCAGGAAUGGGACGGGAAGGAGAGCACCAUCACCAGGAAGCUGGAGGGCGGGAAGAUGGUGGUGGAAUGCGUCAUGAACGACGUCACCUGUACCCGGAUCUAUGAAAAAGUAGAGUAAAAAUUCCAUCAUCCUCUGGACAGGAAUUAGCUGCGAGUUUAAACGGGCUCAGUUCAAUGAGCAGAUCUCUAUGAUUUUUUUUUUUCAUUACUGUGUUCAAUUAACAAACGUUUUACAUUCAACUAUUUCUGAGUGUUGGUUUAAUUAGGAUCAUCCCUUUGGUUAGUAAAUAAAUUUGUUUAUGCUAA